GAGUGAAUGGAGACAAAUGGUAUUUGGGACCUGACGAUCUGUUGGAGUGUGAGCAGGGUAAUAUUUAGUGAAGGGAUUCAGGGAAACCGGUUAUUUUUAUAUAGCUAGACUUGAGUCCUGGAAAUGGGAAGUACAAUGCCUGCACUUUAAAGGAGGGGUUUGGGAUAUUGGCAGUUUGGAGGGAUAUGUUGUGUAUCUUUAUACAUAGAGGCUUCCAAACUGUUGUAUUCUGAGCACCUCUGCAAAAACAGUGAUUAUGUGUGAGUGAGGUGAAAGUGUUGAAUGAUGAAAGUAUUUUCUUUUUGGGGAUUUUCUUUCUUUUUUGGGUCACCCUGCCUCAGUGGGAGAUGGUCGACUUGUUAAAAAAAAAAAGUGUGUGAAACUUGUGUUUAAUAUUGAUAGUGAAUUACACUUAUGUUUACAGGUAUCAGAAGAUGAUGACGGAAGAGAUUUUCAUCAGUGUUCUACUUGUGGGACAUCAAAAUUGUGUCCAUCCUCGAAGGUUCUUGAUCAAGAGCAGCUAGAACUGCAGUGGAAUCAAGACAUCAUUACUACUGGUUGUGCUUCAUGCCCUGUGGAAGGUUGCCAGCUUAAAUUUUCAACUGUUAGUAACCUAUCUCUUCAUUUUCAACAGUGUUAUAGAAGUUCUAAGCCACUGGAGCAUCUGGUGUGCAAAUUCUGUAAUAAGAAAUUUGCAUCAUCUCAUAUGUUAGAUGACCAUUUUUUUCAUAUCCAUGCAGAGGGUAGGCAAAAUAUUCAAAUUCGCAGCUUGGACUCUGAUUUUAGAAGUAGAAAGAGGGUAAUGAGUGAAGGUGAUGCAGUGGAGAGACAAAGGGGCAUUGAUGCGCCACUGAUUUUUAAUUCUCAUCCUGCUAAAGAAGAGAAAAAUGUUCAACCAGAGUCUGAUUAUCAUUGUCAACAGAAAAAUACUGCAUAUAUAAGGUUGACAAAAAAUGAACAUGAUCCCUCAAUUAAUUGCAUACCCCAACACCAGCGGUCCAGAGCUCAGUAUCAUUUAUCCAAAAGUCAUCCCUAUCCAAGGGAAUUAAAUACAGAUCCAAUUCCAUAUAAUUCCUCUGCAUUGCUUUGUUCAUACCAUUCUACACCUAAGCAGUUAAGAAUUGUAGACUAUGAGAAACAAAGAAUAUGUGAAGGAACUAAUGUACUGGAUAGUUCAUCUGCAUUUCAGAGAGUAAGAAAUAGAAGUGGAGGUGAACAGUUAAUGUCUUUACCAUUUGGUACAGAUUUUGAAAAUUCCUCAAGAUUAUUGAAUGAAGGAAGUAAUCUACAUGGGAAAGAUAAUCUCGGAGAACAAACAACUUCAAAUAGCUCUUGCUGUAGGCCUGUUGUCAAGUCAUUGAAAACUUCAUUAAUGUGCAGCAAUCAUACUAGUUCAGUUUAUCCUACUACAUCAGGUAUCAAGCGUAAAUACAUUGAACACCCUCAUGGAAAUGCUUAUGAAACUCGUAAAAGAAAAGGUAGUCUUAAAGUUCCAUAUUCCACAGGGUAUACUAGUGAUGAGAGUGAUGAAGGUGGAAGUCAUUUUCAGAAUUGUGAAACUAGAGUCUAUUGUCCGCCAGGAAUUGGGCCCCUUUUCCCAAAGGAAAAACUGCUGAAAGAUCAGGCCAUGAUUGAUAAGUGGUCUUUUUUUACAAAUGAAAAUUUAGAAAACUUGAGAGAAACUUGUGAGAGUGUUGAAAAAUUCAGCAGAAAUCACCUCAUCAAGAAUAUUAAUAAAGGUGAUGAGAAGUCAUCAGCAGUAGAAAAAUUUGAGCAUGUGUCACGUGGUGGGCAGAAAACUGAAGCUUAA